UCUAGUGUUGCACGGAACUCCUUCCUCCCGAGCUUUGGUUCCUGUCAGUGCAGCACAACAUCAACAUGUCGUGAUUGACCGUGUUUUUUCGACUUAUUUUCUUCUAAUAUAAAAAUGAAUGCGCUUUUAAAUAUCCUCUACGUUUGGACGUCUUUAUUAUUUUUGCUUUAUCUUUCAGAAGUUUUUAAAUCGGCGUCAGCACAAGAAAAUGAGGAUGUUUUGGACUUCGGUCUGUCAGAGGAGUCUGAUCUGGAGAACAUCCCAAAGUUCGUUGAGUCGGAGGAAGUGAAUUCUUUACCCAAAAUGCAGUUCAAAACGGCCGAAAUUGCAGAUGCUGUCAUGGGAACAGAGUCGCCCAUAGAUCCAGCAGAAAUCCAGUCGCUGUUUCCCAAAAAUGUGCAGAAUCCUCAGACCCAGGGGUUUUCUCCUCCCUGUGACGAGGCACAGUGUGUUUCAGAAGGACAGUCAGUCGAAUCCAGCUUGGAAGACACACAGCAGGUCUCUUUGGAGAUGGUGCACUCAGAGGCGUUGGCUCCAGAGGAACACAAUACCACUGAAACCGCAAAAACCUUUAAAGUGAACUGUGACAAAAGGAACAUCACCGGAGUGGCUCUGUUCACUGUCCACGUCCUCAACGGCUCUCAGGACCUGAUGGAGUUCUUAAAUGCUAACAGCUCCGAGUGCUCCGUGGUGCUCUUCUUCACAGCCUGGUGCCAGUUCUCUGCCUCUCUAGCGCCUCACUUCAAUGCCCUGCCCAGGGUAUUUCCUAGCAUGCACUUUUUAGCACUGGAUGCCUCGCAGCACAGCAGCCUCUCCACCAGGUUUGGGACGGUGGCCGUGCCCAACAUUCUCCUGUUCCAAGGAGCUAAACCCAUGGCUCGAUUCAACCACACGGACAGAACUCUGGAGACGCUCACUGCGUUCAUCUCCAACCAGACCGGUUUUGAGGCAGGCCCGGACAGAAACGUGAGUGUUGCAGACCUGGAGGGGCCCCUGAGCUCGGUCCCUGUGCGAGGUUUGGACUGGCUCCUCGUCUUCUCUGUCCUCUUCAUCACCAGCUUCAGUGUGUAUGCAGUGCUCCGGGCCGACAGUAUCCGAUGGCUCAUCCCGGGACAGGAGCAUGAGCACCAGGACUGACACGGACACAGGAAUGGACUGGCAUAAAAGAUUUAGGAAAACUAAUCUAUGUUUAUGUGUGUUUAUGUGUGAUGUGUUUCAAGGAUUUUAGUAAUUUAUAAUAUGAAAUGCUUUGUGAUUUUUGUUUUCACUCUCCUGCUGAUCCAUGAAGAAAAAACACAUCUAUCCAACAACAUCUGAUCAAAUCAAA